GUGUAACCAUUGAGUUUUAACACCUGAUUAUGGCCAUUGAAUCUGGGAAAUUAUGUCGUUAGUGUAACAAAUUAUGAAUGACUUUCUGCUUGUGACUUAUGACGGAACUGCGUGACCAAAUUUGGUGUAGCAUACUACUUUUGUGAGAUCUCGCAAAAGUUAUUGCGUUAUCUCGCAAACGUUUUGCGAGAUCUCUUAAAAAUUCAUAAUUUUUUACCCAUCAAAAUUAUUUUUUCCCAUGUACCCUAAUGGGCUCCGUACAUUUAUAUUUGAACGUGUAAUCAUUUAAAAAGCAGGCCAUUCUCAGAAAGUCAAUGACUAAAAUGUUCUUGCAGUUGCAGCAAACAUAAAUGUUCAAGUUGUGAAAGGUGCUCUGUUAUUUGUCGUUGCUGCUUUAACGACGGGGACCUCCGCGCCAGCAGGGGCGCCGGCAGUGCGAACAGACACCAGGAAGUGGUGCAGAGACGCAAACGAGCGAUUCAUUUGUGCUCAGGAGGACACAAGAAUCGUAGGUCAGCAUGUCCAAAGUUGAGAUGCUGCGUCUGCUGAUCAACCAGCGGCUGGCCGAGGUCGCAGACGAGAUCUUCGGCGUGUUCGGCAGGACCAUCGCGGAGUUCGAGGAGGAACUCUGUCGCUCCAGGCGGGAGAUCGAACGUCAGCGGCGGCUGCUGGAUUUCUCCAUCAAAACGUCCAACAGAGCAGCUCCCAGAGAGCCUCAGGAUUGGACGUCCGGUCUGGACCUGGAAGAACACGUCCCCCCUCCCAUCAAAGAGGAAGAAGAGCAGCAAGAUGACACGCCCCCAGGUUCCGAGCCCGGUGGCAUGUUCUCAUUCCCGAGUGGCGACUUGGAGUGGGCCGAUGGUGUCUCGCCAACCUCUGACCUCCCCAGCCAGAACACGGACAACUCAGACGCUCAGGCAGGAACGUCAGUGCAGCACACCUACGUGGAUCCGGCGGCGCCGCUGUCCGAUGAGGCGGACUCGUACAUCUGUAGCAUCUGUGGACGGACCUUCGCCCGCCGAGGACCAUGGUCCAAACACAUGCGGGACCACGCCAAGCAAGACGUGAACAAAGCGGACAAGUCGUACAUUUGCACCAUCUGCGGGAAGAGAUUGACCCGCUUCGACGGCUACCGGAAACAUCUGCGCGUGCACACGGGCGAGAGACCGUACCGCUGCGCUGCCUGCGGACGCCGCUUCAGCGACAACUCCAACUACAGGCGACACGUUCGAACCUGUGUUCAAAUUUCACAGGACGCGGCCCACACGUGACUUUUAUUUUGACGCUUUGUAGCAACAACCAAUUAGUGUAGUUUGUGUCCACCAGAUGGUGCUGUUUCAUCACCACGCUACCUCACAGAUUUCUGUCAUUCGGGUGUUGACCACUGGGUGGUGCUGUUGAGACAUAAACCCAACACGGGCGAAUACUUGGGUCAGUACACUUCAAUAAGUAUUCUGUGUUCCUGUUCCUGAUCCAUCCCAACUCUCUGACUGUUAUUGCACAUUUAACAAGUUACUAAGUGUCCAUCACUGCACACUAAACAUUUACAGAAUUCAGAGUACAACGUCUGGGUAUGACAAUGACAUCAGUGUGAACACACUUUGGUACUUACGACGGAUGCCAGUUUGUGUGGCUGUCAAAAGUACAUUGGUAACCCUCACUUCCUGAUGCCUUCAGAGCUGCACUGGACGAGUUGACAGCUCGGGCUCGUUGGCUAGCACUGCUCAACUCAAUCAGUGGGAACGUGUCCAUGUUGGUUUGAGCCCCGGCCGGGGUGCUGACCGGCCCUACCGGGGUCCGUCUCAUCGGCGCACUUCCUCACAUACACUCCAUCUUAAAUUCGAGUGGUUGUAAUUAACCAUUAAAAAGGAGAGAAGGUAAAUACUGGAAUAGUCAUUUCACUUAAGUGUUCAACAAUUGUUGCGACUUUAGGACUCCGGAAGUAAGUACACAGUGUACAAGGUAUACUUUAUUGAAGUGUACUACUGGAAGUAUUCCAUUUGAGAUGCCUUAAUGUUGCCAUGGAAGCGUAAUUGUUUUUCUUCUUCAGGAUUUCAGUGUAAAAGUUUCAAUAAAACUGACUUGACUCUU